ACAGGUAAAUUGCGGAAGUAGCGAACGGAGAAGACGGUGAAACGGCAUGUCUCUUUCCAGCCUUCAUAGGAAUCAAGGAAACGAAUUUUUCCGUCAGGCUGGAAGUUUAAACGCGGAUGAAUCACCGCUGCAAGCAAAGGAUCUAUAUGAGCGAGCACUUUCUUGCUACUACCAGGCAAAAGAUAAAUCCGAGAACCAGGAGGAAGAAUGCUCUGCUGCGAAGAAUAUCGGCAAAGCUGCAUGGAAGAUAGCCGGUAUUCUCACUAAUAAAGAGCCGCAAGAGAAACCAGAUGUUAUCAUCUUUUAUCUUCAUGAGGCCAUCAAAGCUUUGUGUAAAGCUUACAACAUCAGUGAAGAGUGGAAAGAUGACGAGUGGCGAGGCGAAGUAUUUGAAACAAUUUGUGCUUGUUUACAACAGGUGAUCGAUGCUUCAGAAGCCUUCGUCGACACUGAUCAAAAGAUCGCACAGCUUGAAAAACUUGCAUUCAUUACCAGUGUGGACGAAGCUUCGAUCGACGUGCACAUGAGUCUAGCGACACUUUAUUUUCACGAUGGUACGACCAAGUUGCAAAAUGGCGACUACAAGAAAUGCCUGUCUCGGAUGACCGACUGUUAUCAACCAAUUGAAGAAGUUAAACGGUUAUCGAAGCGCGGUGAUGCCCUCAGAAUUAACUACGAGAUGUUGAACGAGGCUAGAGUGUUAGAGAAGGAUGUGUUCUUUCAUACUUGUGCCGCUAAAUCCGUGCAAGCACGAAUGAUGGGAGAGGAACUUCUUCAGAGCGCCUUGUUAGAGCAGGAAGCACUGCAAAUGACUCUGAUCUUUGAAGUUAUCGACUGGUUUAAGCAAGCUGUCGUUCUCGCAAGAAAUGUGGAGAUCGAGCAAGAAGCUAUCGCCGAAAGUCGCUUGGGUUAUGUCUAUGACAAGGUCCUGAGGAUCACCUUGCGAGCGAAAGCCUACUACACCCAUUGUUUUGAGUUGGCAGAAUCAUUAAAACCUCGCAUGUUCACAGCCUGUCAGUGGUACAAAGACUGCACAGCAACUCUGCUGAGAUACCAAGAGGAAGCGAAAAAGAGGGACGAAGAAGAGAAAAGCAAAGAAAGAUCAGGUUUCUUGGAGGAAUUGUCACAAGAACUGGAGGAAAUUAAAGACCACAAAGAUCUUGCAGUGGAGUUAAUCAAAUUCUUGUACACCAACUAUCCACCUAAAAAUCCAUCUUGGAAGAAACCGAGCGAGGACGAAAUGGAAGAUUGGGAAGAAUUGAAAACGACCUCCAAAGCAUACAAGAAGCUUCUUAUCAAAGCUCUCGGCGUUUAUCAUCCUGAUAAAGUGGAUGAAGGAAUCUAUGGAAAAAAGUGGAAGGUACUGUGUGAAGAAAUAACAAAAAUGCUUACAUUUCAUUACGAAAGCACGAAAAUAGGGUCUGGCGAUUAGAGGAGACUUAAAGUUGUACGUUAAUUUGUUAUUUGUAGGACUAGCUAGGACUAAAAUUUUUCCAACAUGGUAUGCCUUGAGAUCAGAAGAUGAUCGCUGAAAAUGAAAUGUCAGUCGAUCGCAAAAAAAUUUAAAAAAAACGUUUGCAACAUCAACUUCCAUGACAGCAUUAGAUAAAUGAAAUAUUUCAAAUAUUUUACGCAUAUUUACCUUUAAUUUUUUCUGCUACCAAAACAAGCACAGCUUGAGGCGCAGAAUGUUUCUCUAUUAUAUAAGAAUGGAGUCAUUUCUUUACGUAAUUAAAUGUACUGACCACGAAGAAAUUUAGUAGGAUAAUGAGAAAAUAGGAUGUUUAGAAAUUUAAUUCCUUUACAUUGAUUUAAGAUGUGGUCAACUGUUAUCACAAAAGAAAAACAAAAGAGAUGGACUCUUGUCCUAACGUUUUAUUGUACAUGUCUAAGAGACCCUGGUAGAUGAUUCAUUAUUCAAACUACUGUUAAAGUGGAAGUCAUUUAUACAGCUUUAACUCGGAGUAAUUUUUACAAAAUAAACUGAUUUCGGGUAAUUUAACAAUGUUUCGCCGUCAGUGUU